AUGGACGUUCCGCCUGAUUCGCAUAUUCCCUUAAUCUCUGGACCCGACGACCGGAGAGAAGACUACGAUAACCACGAGAGCGCUCUCCACCAGGGACAGUUUCCCGACGAUCCAAUUGUCCAAGAGUGGUUGGAGAACAUGGACGUUCCGCCUUAUGUGCGUAUUCCCUUGACCUCUGAACCCGUCAACCAAGGAGAAGACCACGAUGGCCACGAGAGCGCUCUCCACCAGGCACAGUCUGCCGACGAUCCCAUCUACGCCCAAUCGGCAGUCGAAGCUAUCAGCCAGGACAGAAGAGAGGGCCAGUUUCUUCGCUACGCGCUGCUUCUGAGUACGACUGACGUCCCGAAUUAG